ACUCACUGCACUGUGUUUUUCAGCGCGCCAAAGUCCUUUGCUGCACUCGCCCGUCCCUUGACCUUCGUUAAGGUGCACUUCACUUCUACUGCGGAUGUCUCGGCCACAGUCUCCAGAAAGAGCUCAAUUGAAGCAGGAAAGCAUUGACAGCGGCUCAGACAAGAUGACAGCUGUCUUGCUGAAAGCUGGCGAGGUCUUUAGGGGCAAAACAGGUAUAUACACCAUCGGAAAGCAACUUCAAGAAACCGUCUGGCUUGCAAGCAACCAAAGUAAAGAGACGGUCGUCUUUAAGAGUGUUCGGCACUGGCGGCUCCAGAACGAACGCGACAUUUUGAUGCGUUACCAGUCCAAAACGCCGUAUAUACGCCCCUUUUUGGAUGAAAUCGACGAGCCGCCAGCGCUUAUCUUGAAGCAUCUGGACGACGACCUGCUCCAUGCUUCAGCAACCAAGACUCUCACUCGGCACGAAGUGAAGUUUGUCGCUCGGCGCGUGCUCGAAGCUUUAUCUCUCCUACAUCGCGAUGGGUUUGUCCACACAGAUAUCAAGCCUAGCAAUGUUCUUGUGAAUUACGGAAAUGACGAGACGAACCGGUUUACCGACAUCCAGCUGUGUGACUUUGAAAGCACGGUCAAGGAUGACUCGAAAUACGCAUUAGAAGGUGCUCAGAUCGGAACAGCUAUGUUCAGAAGCCCUGAAGCUCAUCUAGAGAUGAGAUGGGGUACUCCAACGGAUAUCUGGUCAUUUGGCACUAUGCUGAUUAGCUUGAUCUACGGUCGAGGCUUCCACAUCUUCAAACCCAAGGUUCCAAUCGACCACGAGGACUACGGUGUUGAGGUCCUCUUGAAGCAAUACCGAUGUUUCGGGCCUUUCCCUCUCUCAUACAAGGAGAUCGCCGACGAUGAGCGGCUGGCGGUCCUGACAUGGAUCAUGGAAAACUCUCCUAAGGAAACAUUGAGGCCGUUCCACAUGACCACGGAACGUGAAAUCUGCAGGGAAGAUCGGGACUUCAUUUGCAAGAUCAUGAAAUUGGAUCCGAGAGACCGGCCAAGCGCCCAAGAGCUUCUGGAAGACCCAUGGUUUGCAGAUGUUUGACGUUUGGGCCAUUAUCGCUAUCGAUGACUGAGAAUACAUGUACCUUCACUUCCAUUCCAACCAGACACCAUUUUCAGAAGCAACCCAUUAUUUCUUAGGGAAAUGGACGCUCUUGCCGUUUCCGUCUGCGUCAAAAC